GAUCAAAGCCUCCAACCUUGUUUAUGGAAAGGUGAACAAAGUUGAUAUGCAUGAGAAUGUUGUGCUUAAAGCUCCAGUUUUUGCAGAGGAUACAUGGCCCAAGAAUAUGCAUUAUGGGGCUAUCUGACCUACAAGGCAGAUGUUUAUAGUUUCGGGAUUGUUGCCGGGAAGAACAAUACAAAAUAUCGACCAGAAGGUGAUUAUGUAUGCCUUCAAGAUCGGUUAAUGUUGAAGUUCCAUUAUGUCAUCAAUGGCUCUAGUUUUGCAACAAAAGGGAAACUUGAUGGAGUUGGUGGAUCCAAGGUUGGGGACGGAGUUCAAUGAAGAAGAGGUAAUUAGGAUGGCAAAGGUUGCUUUAUUGUGCACUAAUUCAUCCCCAGCACUUAGACCAAUCAUGUCUGAAGUAGUAUACAUGCUUGAAGGUCGAGCCCUUGUUCCUAAAUUAAUCAUGGACCCAAGUAUCUUUGCUGAUGAGUCAUGAUCUGGAGCACUAAAAGACCAAUUUAACCAAAUGCAGUCUCGGAAGAGUAGUGAAAUCACCACGAUUACUGAAUCAUCAAUAUAUUCAAGUUCAACAGCAUGGUCUGGUUCCUCCUCAACGUCUGUUCAACAUCCAUGAAAUUCAAAGCAAAGUUGAUUGAUAUUAUUGUAAUGUAAAAAUAUAGAAAUUGUUUAGGCCACUUGGUUGAUCACACCCUAGUAAAGUAAACAGUACAAGCACCGAUUACUAUUCAAUUACUAUUAAGACCUCUUACUACGUUC